AUGUCACUUUCGUCGACGCCAUUCUCACAUCAGGGCUAUUCAUCGGAUGUCUCCUCAUCCGAGUGCUACUAUCCUCUUGAUUCCAACGAAAGUGAAUAUCUGGAGCACUACGAAAGCAAUCUCGAGAAAUACAAAGAAAUCGUUAGUUUAUUUUUCACAUUUGUUAUUUUCCUCUUGAAAAAAUCUACUGCAUUCAUAUAA